AUCAACCAAUAAAAAUUCCACAUACUGACUGAACUGUGACCCCUCUCUCUCUCUCAGAAACCGAUGGACGCACCUAAGGACGGGAUGGAAGGAGUUAACGGCGGUGUUGACGGCGGAAAAAUGAAAGGGGCUAGUCGGCGAGAGGAGUUGACCCUCUACAGCGUGCUCCAUCGUAUGGCGUCCAUGAUCUUUGUACCCGAUUCCAGAAGUGACGCUGCGUCAUUACCGGUGAUGCAGCGAAUAAAAGCUUGUGUUUCGGAAAACGGUCCGCUUCUUAAGGAUGCUUCUAGAGAUACUGGACGGAAAAUUGUUAUCUGGACUCGUCGUGGUAGCCCUCUCCGUGCACUUCUAGUGAUCUCCCUUGGGAGCAUUACUUUUGUUACCUUGACUGGGUUGCUGGUCUUUAUGUUAUUUUUCCUGGCAGCCACUGUGAAUGCCAUUGUUGUUUCUCUACUCAUUUCUUUGGCAGCGGCUGGAGGCUUUUUGGCUCUGUUCUUUGCUUGUGUCACAGCUGUAUAUAUAGGGGCAUUAUCAAUUGCUGUAUUUGUUAUAUCCACAGCAACAAUUUCAGCAAUUAUUGCUGUUCUAAUAGCAACAGGUUGGAUUGGAUUUUUGUGUACUGUCUGGUUGGUGACAAAGAAAAGUCUGGCUGUGGCCAAGCACUCGCUUAACAUGACUGGAUCAGCUAUUUCAGCUUACUCUUCAGCUCGGCAUCGGCAUUAUCAUGAAGUAGACAAGGUGUUAGAUUGAGCCAUGAUGCACCGAAGUCCAUCACAAUUGACAAAGCAGCACCGAACUAUCUCCAAGUUUGAACCGGGAAUGUCCAGUUUGGUGGAAUUGGGUACGAUGUGAUUACCAAUGACUACAAGGUGAUCUUAGUUACCAAAAGAAAAAGAAAGCAAGGUUUGACCAUUAUUUUAGAGUUAUGGUCUAUAGAUUAGAAACCAUCCAGAAGGAUCCUUCACAGUCCUGCUCCUGCUUAUUUUCAUUACUACAAGAGGUUGCAGUCUGUUCUCGUUGGUUCUCCCUGCAUUGGGUACUUAUUCCUUGCAAUGAACAGACUCUUUAUAGUCAAAAUAUGAUUAUUGCAUUUGGUAUUGGGAAUAAGAAAUUCAGCAAGGUGCCAACCCUGGAUGUAGAUAAAGGCAAAGAAGUCAUGAAUACGGUGGCAGAACUUGGAGGAUUGCCUCAAUAUGAGCUAUCAGUGCCGUACAAGCAUGUUGAUAUCUGGUUAGGAAAGCAUUUAGGGAAAAUUUCAGUAAACUACUUUGUGAUUUGACAUAUUUUUACUUUAACAUCUGUGGUUUGCUUUUAGUUA